CAACCCUGUAGUCAAACUUGACCCCAGGAAUUCGACUGCUCUGCUGUCGCCGUCGCUGACAGUUGGCUCCCCUUUCGCUACCGCCGUUGCUGAGGUCUGCUUGGAAAUGUCAUGGAUACGUAUGCUCUACUCAAGGUCAACUGCGACAAGCUCCUGGAACAGUACCACGCCAAUUUACGUGAUGUCCGCGCGCUACAACAGACGCUGAUCAACGAUAUACUACCUUCUGUAUCCGAUGAACUCCACCUAAGCGACUUGGAAACUAAUUGGGCAAAGGAAUGGCUAAACGAUACCUUUUCUAUCUUUCAUCUAUUCAGAAGAAACAACUAUACGAAAUCCUUCGCGCUAGAAGCAGUUCGCAAAAACCUUGUGUGGCGGUUGGGCCAUGUGUGGCCACCGGAUCCAGAGAUAUCGACGCGAAUUGCUGCCAGCGUUCAUUUCCUUCCGGACGAUAUCACAGAUCCUUUGGGAAGACCAAUCAUCGUCCUCAAAGUCGCGCCGUUCAACUACGGCUCGGACGACUACAAAGGAGUCGUCUAUCGCGCACUAGAGUGUCUUCGAUGUCACUUGAGGGAAGUCAACAGAAACGAAGUAGAAGGGCGUCCUGCUCUACAGUACGUCCUACUUCUUGACCUCAAGGGUCUUUCCAUGCAAAGCAUCAGCUUUGACCUUGUUUCUUGGUUGUUAUCCGACGUCAUACCACGGUUUCCAGGAAUGCUGUCAGCAGUUUUCAUGAUAAACUUCUCAUGGACACACUCGGGCAUCUGGAGCAUAGCAAAACGCCUUCUCCCGGCCAGUGCACUUUCUCGAGUCUUCUUCCCUAAGCAGGAAGAGCUAAUCAGCUACUUCACACCGUCGGCUUUACCACAAGAUUAUGGUGGAGUCCUGGAGCCCUUGUCGACUAUCUGUGAUUCUUUACAAGGAAGACAAAUAUUCCCUUCUACAUCUCAGGCAGCGCCUACUCCGAAAUAUGACCUGUCUUCUAUACCCGAUCCAUCAUCUCUUUCACCGACAUCCAUGUUUAACCCUUUCUUCGGCUAUCCAGUAUCUGUGACGGGGACAUCCGCAACCUUGCACUAUGGGCGUCGCCGUAAGCGAGAUCUAGCAAAGACCUUGCUGUUGCUCUUAUGGCUCCGAUGGGGACGGCGAAUCAUGGCUUGUUUUUGGUUUGGGAUGUUCGCGUUAACGAUGAGGUUAUGGUCUCGCCGAUGGCUAUUGUGUUCCCCCAAGGGUCUCGCUCUAUUGCAGGCGUUCUGGUCCUCAAGUGGUAGUCGGUAACUGUCAUAGUCUAUCUUGGCAUGCCAAAAGCCCGUUCAUCCUGCCAUCAUCUAUUUUCGUCUUUAUUCCGUAUGACUCCGCAAUGAGACUUGGGCAAUCAACGUCGGGGGAGAAAUUAUAGUGUUAUAUUCGUAAGAUCCCAUUCCCCGACCCCGAGUAGUGAGUGGUACGUACAACUCGUAUCGUCAGAUCCGAAGAUUACAGAAAAGCGCAAUGUAUGAUACCGCGUGGG